UAAUCCUUCAGGGGGUUAAUGGUUUUUUUUUCAUCUCGUUACUUUGAUCCCCAGGAAGUCGUGAAGAACACACGUACUGGAAACAUGUCCUCCACAUGUGGAUGGAAUUGUUUGCCGGAUACAGUGGUGCAGAAUGAAUGAAGACAGUUGGGCCAAGGGAGGCAAGUGCGGAAGUGCCGACACCACGGAGAUGUUACUUCGUCACCUGAUGUAUGAGAUACUCAUGAGAUUACUGGAGGUACCUUGGCGUUGGCAUCAAGGGCUCAAGGGGGUCUGGACGUUCGGACGAUUCAAGGCGAAAUGUUCGGAUGUCGCGUACUGGAUAUUCUCACUGGCGUUCUUGAGACAGUUGUCCCGGGGAAAAACACCUUGGAGACGUGCAAUUGCCUUUGGGGAUAUUCCGCGGACGGUCGGACAACUGCCAGGAGUCUCAGUAAAAACCAUUUUUCCUGUCGUUACUGUGUGCAGUCACGACCGCGAGGGUAGGAGAAAACCUGGGCACCUCUUCUGCAUGAAAAAUGAGAGCUACACGGCCAACCGGAUGAUUCGAUUUGGUAUUUCACGGGGUACGUUCCUGAAGAGACGGGUGAAUAAUUGAAGGACUAUUUGAAAAAAAAAAAUGAAAUUCGAGGUCA